UUGAAAUUCCCAUUGACCCCCCAUUGAUGGAUCCAUGAAUGCUCUUAUUGUCGCCAAGCGGAACUAACACAAAGGAUACUUGGGCAAUGUACUGUACUUCGAUGCGCUGAGUGACUAAUUCUCGAGUUGGGCCUGGUUCAUUUUCUCCUGUCGUUUGAUUGAGCUUUCCAUCCAUGAUGCAGUGGGAACCUACUGUGCCUUGGCCCCAGCGGUCUGCGACAUUGCUGGCUGGUCUUUUGGCCCUGGUCAUUGUCCUCGCGACGCUUUCCAUUCUUGUCUUCGCCCGCGCGCUUGCGAUAUCUCAGCGAGGUCCUGUCCCAAAAUGUCGACGUCGACACACACCGACACAUCUACUGGUCGUGCUGGGCAGUGGCGGCCAUACCACAGAGAUGUUUUCUAUGUUAAGAUGUAUGCCUCUAGAUCCGACGAUUUAUACAUAUCGAACGUAUGUCGUUAGCUCCGGUGACAGCUUCAGCGCAAGGAAAGCCCUGGAAUUCGAGGAAGAGCUCAAAGGGAACGGGCACCAUGAUCAUGCGGAUGGGGAGAAACACGACGACGACGCCUCUUCUCUACAGUCGGACUCGUAUAUCAUUAUUACAGUCCCCCGUGCUCGCCGCGUCCAUCAAUCUUUCCUUACGGCACCCUUUUCGACUCUUCAAUGCUUUUGGGCGUGUCUGCAGGUUCUCCGUGGAGCCCAUCCGGACCAAAGAUCAUUCAAAAGAAAGGCGGCGUCUACGUAUCCUGACCUGAUACUAACGAAUGGCCCCGCUACAGCCGUAUGCGUCAUACUCGCAGCGAAGCUUCUUCGUCUUCUAAAUUACACCUUCUCACGGCCUUCUCGUUCUCUCCAGAGCCCAAGUGGGCAAUGUGUGGGUUCUGAGAGUAAAGAACUGUCACCCGCUCCCCUACGCACCAUAUUUGUGGAGUCCUGGGCUCGUGUCACGACACUGAGUCUGUCAGGAAAGAUCCUAUUGCCUUUUGUAGACAGGUUUCUUGUCCAAUGGCCUGCCCUUGCUGGGAGGCGAGCAUGGAAAGGCAUGCGGGAAACGCAAUAUGUUGGGACCCUUGUGUACUGAACGUGGCUAGCUCUAUUACGAAGCAAUAAUAUUAAUAACACAGUUCCCAAUACCAGGU